AUUUUGAAAUAUGAAUGCAAAUUGCAAAAUAUUUAGAAAUAAAAUUAAAUGCAUGUUUGUUUCUUUAACAAAUUGAAUUUAAAAUACCAACAAUAAAUGUACGAAUCGUGAAGACAAACUUGUACUUUCUUGUAUGUUAUUAAAUACACAUGCAUGAUUAUGUCAUAGCUGCUAAUAGACAUUGUACUAGAUUUAUGAAUGUGUGCAUAUGUGUUUAGCAUUGUGUAACUUCAAUAAUAUUGUAAUCCUUAAUUAGAGGCUUCAAAUUUAGACAUAUUAGAAAUGCCACUUAACACUAAGUUAGCUGUUCCUCUGGCAUUGGGUUUUUCAAUAGUGUCUGUGACAGCAUUUGUGCUCUACUAUAUUUUUAAAAAAGAAGAGACGACACUAGAUAAAUCUGUAAAAACAUCUAGAAGCAAUGUUAUUGAGGUUUCUGUGCCAAAGGCAAAUGUUGCAGCAUUGAUUGGUCGCAGUGGGUCAAACAUUAAAGGCAUUGAAAGCAAGUCUGGUGCACAGAUACACUUCAAGAAAUUCACUGACAAGGAUUAUGAUGUGUGUAUAAUAAGGGGAAGUAAGCAUGCAACACAACUGGCUGAAACUAUGAUACAUGACUUUAUAAGACAACAACCACUUCUUGUUACCGAUUGUAUAGAGGUCCCUGGAUGGUCUGUGGGCAGAAUCAUUGGUCAUGGAGGGGAAAAUAUAAACGACAUAAGCCACAUGAGUGGAGCUCGAGUGAAGGUGGAGGCCGCGGCCGGCGGGAACAAUAACGAACAGAGGAUCUCAUUCAGAGGAACCAAGGAACAGAUUGAGCAAGCAAAGAAACUUAUUGAGAAAUGUGUUUCUCUAGAGAAGUGUCGCCGCGAAGUCGAGCAAUCGAAGCAGCCACGUCGCCCGCAGCCUCUGAACGUGACAUCUCCCCCCACCACUGAACCAUGUUCAACCCCCGCCUCCAAUGAGACCCUCGUGACACCCGGAGGCACCGCGGUUCCGCGUCCUGUGAGCCCUGAAACAGGUGACGCAGCCAAGCAUGUGCGAUGUAAGCGGGCUGAAGCGGCGGGGUCGUCCAUCGAAGUUUACGUGUCGGCGGUUUCUUCGCCGUCCAGGUUCUGGGUGCAGUUCGUGGGGCCCCAAGUGUCCCAGCUUGACGAGCUGGUCGCUCACAUGACGGAGUACUACAGCAAUAAGGACACACGCGCUGCGCACGCGGUGUCGCGGGUUGCGGUGGGGCAGGUUGUGGCGGCGGUGUUCCGUCACGACGGGCGCUGGUACCGAGCGCGGGUCGAUGACAUCCGCCCCAACGAGUUCGACGCCACGCAGCAGGUAGCGGACGUGUUCUACUUGGACUACGGAGACAGCGAGUACGUCGCGACGCACGAGCUGUGUGAACUGCGGGCUGACCUGUUGCGGCUCAGGUUUCAGGCGAUGGAAUGUUUCCUGGCUGGUGUGAAGCCGGUUGGUGAUGCUGGUCAGGAGGAGGACACUGGUCGCUGGCCCAAGUGGCAGACGCAGGCCGUCGAGAGGUUCGAGGAACUCACUCAGGUGGCCCGCUGGAAGCCUCUGUUGUCCCGCACGUGUUCUUACAAGAGUAGGGCUUCGCCCCGCGGGGACGCCGACAAGGAGGUGCCGGGCAUCAAGCUGUAUGACGUGAGCGAUGAGGGCUCGACGGAUAUUGGAGAACGUUUGAUAGCAGAGGGCUGGGCUCUCGCUUCCAACUCUCCGUCCAACUCUCCGCCGCGCAACACUACCUCACCCAACACUCCCUUCGGUGACCUCUAUAACUCUAGAGUGUUGGGCAUGAUCGGGCCCCGCGCGGCCUCCAUGCCGAAGGAUCAUAAAGACGAAAGGGAACUGUCUCCAGUCACGCCGGACACUCUCAGAGAUAACCUGACAUCAAUAUCACUCUCGGGAGGUUUAGAGAGCACCGACAAAAUAAAAUCCAUCUCGAACUUCGAUCUGUCGUACGACACGACGACGCCCGUCAACGGGUCGCACGACUUUGUCGCGGCCGAGCGGCAGAAUAUCGACAACGAACGAGCGAACUCACCGACGCUGAAACCCAACAGAGACGAGUUCAAAGCGAACAUGAACAGAAUAGACUCGCACCAUAGUAACCUAGAAGCCCUGGGUCGUGACAAGUGAAAUAUGGUUUACUUAAGAAGCGGCAGUAAAUAUAUCAAUAAGUGCAAUUAAAUUGGGAAUAUUUACAACACAAAUAAAAUUUGAAAAACAAAAUUUUAUGAACGAUGCGGGAUUCGAAGCCACGACCUCCGGCGUUCCAUGCCGGUGCUCUAACCAACUGAGCUAACCGUUCGAGUACCGCCUCUCUAUAAAAUUCUGUUUGUCAAAUUUUAUUUGUGUAUUAAUCCUAGAAGUGAGGGUUAUCACUUUAAAAACAACAUAUUGUGUAGUAUUUACAACGUACGUAUGAAAGACAGGCACGAGAAAGUUUUUAUAAUAUUUUAGUGUUUGUCUCUACAACGGUAUAUGAUAUCGUAUAUAUUACUCCCCCAUCCUUGUAACAGCUGGUCACAAUUGUGAUACCCCCCUCCACCUAUUGUGAUGACAUAUAUUUCUUUUUCAAUAAAAUCAACAUUAGAUAAAACAAUGACAUGAAAACUAACAAAACAUAAAAAAAUAUAUUAUAGAUGCAAGUUUAGUAGGUAUUUGGUUUAAAUGGAGUGUUGUAAUACUUAGAUAUAAAAUAUUAUAUUUUGAAAAAUGGUGAUGUCACAAAAUUGUGGGACCCUCUCCCUCCCCCAUAACGUGUGACGUAAUUGAUGGAUGGCUCUAGUGAAGACAUGGUAACAUUUAAAUGUUGACAAAUAAAAAAAUACAUAUCUAAUAUGUUUAUUGAUUAACAAAACACAAAAAUGUUUUAGUGUCAUAAAUUAAUAUUUAAGAAAUGAACUUAAUGCAUAGUAGAUCCUAUUUGUAAACUAUUAUUAUUUGCAUCCGUCAAGUGAAGUGAAAUGACGCGUUCUGAUUGGACAAUACACUAACGCGGGUGUAUUUACAUUGCACGCUAUUGGUCAAUUUAAUUUCUAAAGUUAAAUCCAUAAAAUAUCUACUAAUAAACGUAAUAUAAAUAUUUAAUGCCGCUUCUUAAACAAACACAUGAGUACAAAUUGUAAUUAAGAGUUUAUUGCAUAUUAAGAGUAUAUUUAAUUUAUGAGAGAUUUUGUGAAUAGUAUAUUUUUUGUAUGAAUUAUUACUGCCUCGAACUUGUAAGAUAUUGUGGUGCUUUUCAUACUCUAGUUACGUACUUGAUAAUCAGGGAGCGUACGUUUCGUCAUUAUUUAUUUAUUUAUUUUACACCAACAAGACAAACACUAACAAAAGUAUAAUAAUAUUAUUACAAUAAAUAAUAAAGUCUAAGUGUUGGCUUAAUUACAGGUGUUACACAAAUUUCAAAAAAAUAGACACAAACAUAUUUAAUUCAAAUGAAUGCAAAAAUUAUCGGAAUAUUUACAAAUUGAAUUAAACGUAAAUUAAUAAGAAAUCAAUAAUAUUAUGGAAUAAUUAAAACAUGCAUCAUUUCACAAUUAUAUAAAACAGACUUAAACUUAUCAGUAUUUAUAAAUUAUUUGAAUAAAAUAUACUUUUUGCCUAUAAUUUACAAAAAAAAAAUAUUUUAUGAAUAGAAAUGAAAUAAAUUCCGUUUAAAUGACGAAAUAUUGUCCGAAAAAAUAUCAAUAUCAACUUUUUUCUCUUUUUCUUUAUCCUUUUCUUUAUUAACAGUAGUUGUUAUGACACCAAUACAUUUCUUAAUGAUAAUUUAUAUAUAGCAUUAUAACUCAACAUCAAAAUUUAUUGAAUUAGGCGUUACUUUGCGGGAAUCCAUAAAUAUACAAAUUAUUUAAGUUUUCUUUAGUGUUAAUUCCGCCAAUAUUUGUUUUUAAAACAAUUCGACGCGUGUUUCGCCUCUACACGAGGCAUCCUCAGGACGUGUUGUCUCGCCAAAAUCUGGCACGAGACUGGCCCGAAACACGUGUCGAAUUGUUUUAAAAACAAAUAUUGGCGGAAUUAACACUAAAGAAAACUUAAAUCAUUUGUAUAACUCGACAUCAAUCUAUUAAUUGGAGAAUAGCGUCUUUGACGUGAGCGUGUGAUUUUUUCUACGAAACGCAUAAAAGACGACGGCCUUAUUGUCUUUAGUGGGGGCAAGAAUAUUUAAUUGAGCUAAUAAAUAGGUACUAUCAAUGACGCCAUUCACCAACUUAUAUAAGAAAGUAAGAUCGAGGAGCUGUCUUCGAUUCGAUUCGAGAGUGACUGAAGCUUGAAGUACUCAUGAUGACGUUUUAAUAUAAACACACCGGAUGUCUCAAAAAACGUAGUGACAGAUAGUCCAUCAACGGAAGAGGUUGAUUAGAUGACAGUGAUUAAUAAUUUAUUUACGGUACGUGUGCAUUGAUGUAUAUGCUUCUACAAUAUGAUCACAGAAAAUGUACAAAACAAAUGAGUUACGAAAUUUAAAAGAAUUGUUAAAAAACGUUUGUGUGGGAAAGGUUAUUAUAGCAUAAACGAUUUUCUUAAUGACACCACGGACUGGGAAUAAAGCGAACACCCUCAUGCUCUUUAAUUAUAAAUGUUUAUUGUACGAUAUUACAUUGUAAUCCAUAUUUUAUAUUUUAAAAAAAAGCCCGCUGAGUUUCUUGCUCCCAUUCUUCUCAGGUCUGAGGCAGUCUCUUUUGAAUGGGUGGUAGUUUUUGACGUUCAAUAAGUGAUUUUAAAUCCUAUUUUGAAUAAAAAUAUUUGAAUUUUGAAUUUUUGAAUUUUUUGAUGCAUCGACUAUACUCAAGAACUCUUGUGUUUAUAAGUAUUAAUUUACUUUUUUUUCUUUUUUUGACUUACUCGUGUAAGCCUUUCAGUUUUUGACAUUUGAGUAUUUUUGUUGCGUCACUUUGCAUAUAUUAUAAUUGAAAUGAUUUGUAAAACAAUUAAAAUGUAAAUCCUGACUUGAAAGAGUGGCAAUGAUAUUCUUGCUACUUCUUCUCAUUAGCUCAACCCUUUAUGAAGUAGCGGUAAAUUCAAUAAGAAAAAAUAUUUUUUUUUUGACAUUCAUAAGUGUCAUUUCCGUGAUCUACAUGAAUAAAGUAUUUUUGAAUUUGAAUAAUGAUUAAUCAUAUUUUCCAUUAUUAGGUACGGAUAAAUAAACGUUCGUUAUUCCCUUGCUCUUUUCAAACUGACGACCUGUAUAGCCGAGUGGUUAGCGAUCCUACCUACUAAGCUAGAGGUCCCGGGUUCGAAUCCUGGUAGGAGCAUGCAUUUAUAUGAUGAAUAUGGAUGUUUGUUUCCGAGUCAUGGAUGUUUAAAUGUAUUUAUGUAUGUUUAUAUGAAUUUAUGUAUGUUUAAGUAAGUACAUUGUAUUAAAUAUAUCAUUGUCUUGUAACCCAUAACACAGGCUAUAUAUAUGCUUAACUUGGGGCAAGAUAAUUUGUGUAAAAAGUGUGUCAAUAUUAUUAUUAUAUUAUAAAACUUGUUGACUACAGAGAAGACGAAACUGAGUGUACUUAAUGUCAUAUUAUACAAUGAAGCAUUUUGUUUCCAACCCAUUAAAUAAUUUUUUUUUUUUUUCAGAAACUACCACGUUAAAACUAAUUAAUUUAUCUCUAAAUAACACGCAUAAUUUAAUGAAGAGAUAGUCAUGAAAACCAACAAUUCGUUUUUUUUUCCAGCCUGUAUGUAGCUUGGCGUCAUACGCCUGUCAUCGGCAUGACUUGUACGCUCCCUGUUAAUAAUACUUGGAUAUAUAACUUGUACAUCCCCUACGUAAUAUUGCCUACAUUAAUAAAAUAUAUUAUCUAAUAUAUAAAAUUCUCUCGUCAAGGUGUUAAACUUUGAACUCCUCUGAAACGGCUUGACCGAUUCUCAUGAAAUUUUGAGUGCAUAUUGGGUAGGUCUGAGAAUCGGACAAAAUCUAUUUUUCAUCCCCCUAAAUGUUAAGGGUGGUCCACACGAAUUUUUUUUUUAAUUUGUUUGAUUGUGAGUCAGCAUUAAAAAAUACAUACAACUUCAAAUUUUCACCCAUCUACGAUCAACAGUUACUUUUGUAUCGCGAUUUUAAUAUCGGCAAUACAACGUUUGCUGGGUCAGCUAGUUAUUUUAUAUAAAACCUUAAACAGUAUUCGGAAUACAGGGACAGAAUCAUAUUUGCUGUACGUCAUUUGUAUUCAAAAUAAAAAAAAACGUUAAAUUUGCGAUGAAGAAGCGAUAUUACUGAUUUUCAUGAACGACGUUGCCUUAUAAAUUUGAGUGUUUACUAAUAUGUUAUAUAUAUAGUAAUUUGAUAUUAUGUGUAUAUUAAGAGUUGAUUCAUAUUUAAAACACAAAUAAAAUUUGAAAAACAAAAUUUUGUGACGAUACGAGACUCGAACCCACGACCUCCGGCGUUCAGUGCCGGUGCUCUAACCGUUGGAGUACCGCCUCGUUAUAAAAUUCUGUUUGCUUUGUUCAACUCUGAGGUUGUGGCUUCAUCUACAGGAUCUACUUUACCAUAUAUGAUGUAUCGAUAUAAAAUCUUGUAUGCUUUCUAAAUCCGGCACGGAACGCCGAAGGUCGUGGGUUCGAGUCCCGAAAUGUUCAUAAAAUUUAGUUUUUCAAAUUUUAUUUGUGUAUUAAUCCUAGAAGUGAGGGUUAUCACUUUAAAAAUAUAACAAAUUGUAUAUUUAAAAGCCAAGGAAACUUCCUUGCCGAACUUGUAUGGUUGCGACACAGUUCCUACCUCUCUGAGAGAUAAACGUGUAACAUAACUUAUUGAUAGACAACUCCAGUUAAUUUUUUAAAGUAAUAAGUAUUUUAGCGUAAUAAAUAAAAAAUAUCUGUUAUAAUAUAAAUACUACAGUACAAAUAAAUACUUUAUUAAAGAUAACGUCUCUAUGGGUAUGUUCCGAUAUGCACUGCGACCACUGUACAGUGUGACGUCAAUUUACUAAGUAUACUGUGAAGCCGUUCCUUUAUAGCCAGUUAUAUUGGUUACUAUUUAAAACGGAACGCAAUCCCGUAUACUGUCUGCCGCAUAUUUUGACGCAGCAUUCAAAUGAGUGAAUUAAAGUUUUCUAGUUCAUUAAAAAAAACUGUGGAGUACUGUCAAAUUAAAAAUAUUUGGGAUUAAACUGUAGGUAUUCUUUAUAAAACGUUAGGCACUCGAGUGGUUUUGACUGAUCACGUAAUCAAAGUACUGCGAGUACCUUACCUCGAAAACGCCAGUGCUCACAGUAGAAUAUGGCGUCGAUUUAUGACGUCAUAUAUUUCCCUAGGGUACUGCGACACUAUACUGGCAGUUCAUAACGGAACGAAUUUUUCAACAGUGAUAGCACUGUGUAGUGCUCGCAGUGCAUAUCGGAUCAUACCCUAAAUAACCAGUUGUCGAUCAGUUUUAUGCAUACAUAAUCUGUGAUUGUCAAAUGUCAAUAAAAAUUGAACCUUUAGAAAAAAAGUGUGUGAAUAAUUCAUCUAGAAUAUUAAUAUAGUGAUUGUGAAACCCAAUCUCUUAUUCCAGAAUUUUUAUGUAGCCAUUAAUUUAUCUAACCUAUGACAACCUGCAACUUUUCCUGUACAUUGUGAAACAGCUCCUAAGUGAAGUUAUUUCUGUGAUGUUGCUUGAAUAUAAUUGUUAUAAGUACUUAUAGUUGAUGAAAUUGGCCGUAUUAAGUUAGUUUUUGAAACUAAAGUUAUUUUCGUUUGUUGCCAUUUUACUAUAAGCAUAAUAAUUUAGCGGUGCUCCCACCGGGUGACUACAAUAAUUGUAGUCAAUCAAUUAUUGAUUUCUGUGUUAAAUUGUUUCUCGCCCAUUUCUGGAGCGAUUUUAAAAAUGUUUGAACUCAUAGAAAGCUUUCGAAAUUUUCUUGGUUAUUGUGAGACAGAAUUUUGAAUUUCGACUUGAUUCAAUUAUUAUAAUUAAAAACAAACAUGAUUUACAAAUUAUUCAAAAUUAGCACGCGCUAUUUAUAUUUAUUUAAAAAAUUGAGCCGAUUGCUCAAAUCACAAUAAGUUUUAAUUGUAACACUAUGCUGAUGAUCUAUAAGCAUCACUUUUUGUAAACAGACUUAGUUUACCUCGUUUCGCUCAAAUAUACACCGCAGCGAAGGGGUACGACGAGCGACUGCGGCAUCAUAGUAUUUUAAAAAAGCGCCGUUGUGAAACCCAUAAUGUAGCCCCGGCAUCUCGUACAAAGAAGCACACACUUACAUCAACAUUUAUUUUACUGGUAUUUCCGGUCUUUUACUAAUAAAAGGAUACAUCUAAUUAAUAACAGUUUGCAAAGGGAUGGCUUGUGACGUCAUGCAACGUUAAUAUUACAAGGAGACAGAAGUUACAAUCCAACACGCGGACAUAGAACCGAAUCAAAAAUACUUAAAUAACAACGAUCUUAUUAAUUUCAGUAAAGUAUCGAUUUUUUUGACGUUUUUUGCCUGUUUUUUUUUCUAUUCUGAUAAUCUUAGUUAACAUAAAUCACCCAGUCUAUUUGAAUCUCAAAACAUCUUACAAAAUAGAUACAGUUGCAUUUUUAAUUGAAACUUAAAUACACUUUUUUUGCAAUUACAGGCUUGUUGUGCAAAAAACUAUUUUAAACCACGGACUAGUAAAAAAAUAAGGACUCCGUGUCACCUUACAUAACAGUGUAGCAACAAAACAAGCCGAUUAACGUGUAAAUGCAUAGCCCCACGCACACACUUACACUGCUACAGGCCGAUAGGCGGCAAUUAUGAGAAUUGUUAUCGUCUGUGACAGAUCAGUUUGCGUCUCAAUAAAAUAUUUUAAAAAUGCCGUCGUGCGUUGUGAAAAAGUGUAAAAAAGAUACUAUAAGUAUUUGUGGCCAUAUAUGACUAUUUAUGGGAGAAAAAAUUGUGUAACUAGUAUCCCCCGUAACCGCCAACACACUAGCAUAACGGUGCUUCACUUGCUAAUAUCACGGCGCGGAGUCCUUCUUUUUUUACUCGUCCGUGUUUUAAACUAUCAUUGAAAGAAGGCUAUCUAUCAUUCAUCUUACAUUCUAGUCUACUUUUGUACACGAAAGUCGGCAUUAGAUAUAUGUGGCCUUGUUUAUAUAAAUCACAAACGAUACAAUCAAUCGAUGAAUGUUUUGUUUUGUGUCAUUUUUGAGUAUUUUUAAGAAUGGUUGAGAACGUAGUUUUGUAAACUUUGUAAUAAUUAAAUGUUAGAUAGAACAA